GAUGCAGCCGCCCUCGCGAGGAUCGUUGCCGUCGGGAAGGGCAAGGCAGCAGCGCCAGUUGGUCGGCGGUACUUGCCUCCAGCUACAACAGGGGAGCAGGAUGAAGGAAGGCUGGGAGGGGGGCGAAAUUGGGGGAGGGGGGGGGGGGGGGGGCGAGGCGGGGAGAGGGCGAGGGAGCACCUCUGGGCCAGAGCGACCGGUGGGGGGCCUCACUGCAGCGAGCAGCACCUCGGCUCCCUGCCCUUCUGCUUCGCGACCUUCGGCCUGGAGUGGCCGUCCGUCUCGUCGGCCAGCGCCUCGCCGCCGCCAGCGCCCUCUGGGCCCAGCAGCCUCUCCGCCUCGGCGGCCGCCACGGCGGGCCCCGGCGCCGCGCGCCACUUGCAGGGGACCCCGCCUCGCUCGGGCAGCGGCGGCAUCGCCCCGCCGCACACGGCGUCGUCCGGCGCGGCAGCGCCCGCGGGGCUCCAGGCGGCGCUCGCGCCCGGCUGCUCCCCGAGCGCGGGGCGCGGCAGCCGGGUGGAGUCUGGGGCGGUCUGCGCCUGGCCGCAGCACCGCAGCACCCCGCAGAGCCAGCCACCGCCGCCCGCGGCGACGCGGAAGGGCGCGGCGAGGCCGUAGCUGGCCCGGAGCCGCUGGGGCUCCAGCUCGAGGGGCCGCUCCCGCACCGCCGCGGGGGGCCCGCUGGCCGCCCGCGGGAGGUGCCCGAAGUCCACGCCGUCGAUGGCCAGGGUGGCCUCCGAGACCUCCCUGGAUCGGAGAUCGGCGUGGACGAGGCACUCGCUGGCGUAGGGCAGCCUCUCCGCCACGACGCUCCUGGAGUCCAGCGGGGAAAAGAAGCGGUCGCUCUCGAAGACCUCCCACUCUAUGGACUUAUGGCCCUGCAGCCACUGGAUCUGCAUGUCCAGAAGCCAUCCUGUGGGGAAUGCAUGUCCUCCGGCUUGGCCUCGACCAAGACGUCGUCGUCGACGACGAGAACGUGCGUCUUGGCGUGCUUCCUGUGCAGCUCGACCACAUGGACCGCGAAGGGCCCCAGCUGGAACUCCCACCGCUUGCUCGCCCUAGCGCCCCACGCCUUGAACUCUGGCAAGCCACCGAAGCCUCCGAGGGCCUCCGACCCCGCCUCGUGGGCGAAGCUGCCGCUGGGCACGGCCGCCAGCUCGUGCCCCAGGAAGCUCCGGAGCGCGGCGUCGCCGCGGUCGCAGCGCACCGUCCUGCGGUCCCUGGACACCGAGAAGGAGACCUUGGGGGCCCCAAGACCGAAUGGAGACAGACCGCGGCUGUGACCUCGGAACCCCAGAGCACCUCACCGCACGGCCCGUCACCGCACGGUCUUGGGACCCUGGAGGCCCUGGCCGCCCGAGACACCCUCGGAGAACGACCUCGAGUCCCACAACCGUGCGAUGGCCCCGAACCCCCACUGACUCACCACGCGGCGUGGUCACCGCACCGUCUGGGGGGCCCCCGAGGAGCCAGCCGCUGCCGCCGCCCGCGGCGACCUGGAAAGGCCCUGAGCCGAGUCCCAACACCGCGCGGCCACCCCGACUCCCCGCUGACUCACCACGCGGCGCGGUCGCCACACCGUCUGGGCAUCCCCGAAGACCGCCGGGCCCGCCCCCUCCGCCUGGGCGGCGCCGCCGCUGGGCCUCGCCGGCGGCGGCGUGGGCCUGCAGAAGCAGUGCGUCACGGGCCGCCCGUCCAGGCGCAGCGCCGCGGCCUGGGGCCGGCUCUGCGGGACGCAGAGCGACAGCGUGCGCGCGGGCGCCGCGACCGGGCCCCGGCUGCCCGCCCGGCGGACGUGGCCGGGCUCCACGCGGGGGUACACCACGCGCUCGCCGUCGGGCAUGGUGGCGAGCACCGUGAGGGAGCCGUCCUCCUCGCUGCGGCCCAGGACGGCGCAGCUGUGCCAGCGCAGGAGGUCCCCGUGCGCGGGCCGCAUCUCGUGGAAGCCGGGGCGGUGGAGGCCCUCCACCUCGCCGUCGAAGGCGAGCUCCCAGUGGAAGUCCAGCUCCAGGUGGGCCUUCUCGACGAAGGGGACCCCGGGGAAGACCUGCUCGUUGUCGACGGCAACGCUCACCAGCGGCUCCGCAGAUCCCCUCGACGAGGAAUCGAUACAGACCCGGAUGUUCAUGACCCUCGAGCUCGCGCUCGUGGCUCUCCCGACCCGCACCCUCCAUAUGUCAGCUCCUCCUGGGAACGCCUGUGGAGCACAGAGUCGCCCCCGAGGUCCCGAUAGGCGAAUUCCAGCACCGCGAAGUCCCCUCGGGCUGGGCGGCCGGGGGCGGCGCCAUGGGCGCGGGGUCCCGGCGAGGGCGCGUUCCCCGCCUCGGUCACGCGGCGCGCCGCGCCCCGCCUGGAGGCCGAAGCCGAGGCGGCCCGAGCCAGUGGCUCUGGAG